AACAUUGAUGUUCAUCGAAGACUGGAAGAAAAGCGGCACUCUUGAGAGAAAAGUGAAAAUUGGGUUUUAUUGGGUUAAUGAAGAAUUGGAGUAGCAAGAUUGAGUAUAUCUGUACAAGUUGAUUCUUGUAUUCUUAAGCGGGAUGGGCGGCGUUCGAUGAUCAUUUCUCAGUUACAAACAUUGAAUUUCUCAUCAUCAAUCCACUUGGAUAACUCUUUAAAUUGUCGAUCUUUACAAUUCAAUUUCUUGCGUUUUCACUUGACAAAUUCUAUCCAACCAGUUUUGUGUGGGAUUCUGUUGAUAUAAAAUCAACUAGCAACUGGGUUGCUAAUCAGUUUAUCAUGGAAAAUGUUGAAGAUGAUGAUGAUCAAAGCUCUGGAUGGUUGCUAGUUAAAAAGAAACAUAGGAGUAGCUCAAAGAUCUCUUUACAAGGCUGGGUUGCUGGAAACUCAGUAAAGAAUUCUUUAAAUACUGCCUGCAAUUCGGCUCUGUUAAAUGGAGAACUUGAAAAAUCAGAUGGCAAGCAUGGUGUUCAGCCUUCUAAAGCAGGAAGCUUCUCUAGACAAGUAAAUCCCACAUCUGUUCAAACGAAAGCAGCUGUGCAGUACUUUGACAAAUGUGUGGUGUCUGAAGACAUUGAAUGUUCAAAUUCAACUGUUAAAGAGUUUCCUGAAAAAUGCAAGCCUAGUACCAUUCAGAAUAACAUAUUUCUUGGAUUGACUGAAGAAAAUUUGACAGGGGCUCCACAGGGAACUGUUGCCCAGGAAAUUAGAUUCGGUGAAUUUGGAAAUGUUCCUUUGCUUAGUAGCAAAUCUGAUAGUUCUGUUUCAAGUAUUUCUGCUUCCUCCAAACAAGAAGAGAGCAAACAACUGCAUGGAGAUCACACUCAUCAACUUAAGAGAGAACGAGAAGACUAUAAGGGGAUGACUGAAGAUGUGAAGGUUCGAAUUACAGACGAAAUUCUAGUCAAUUCACAGAAUGAUGUUUCUGAUGUUUGUGCAAUUCCCGAUGAGCAUGUGAAAGUAUUAGAUGAUGUUUGUCCUAACAAAGAUAUGCUCAGUGAUGAUGGUACAUCAGACAUUUGUGAAGUACCUCCUGUUGAUGAGAGUGAGAGUUCAAAUUUAGUGCUAGAUUCCCAAGAUUCUGACUUACUUCCCUGCAAAAGGAAUAUCAGUGAAGCUUCUGGAGGGCCUAAGGUCUCAGCUUUGGUUGAAGACAUUGGGAACCAAAUCUCCGCUGCUAUUGUUGGUAAUGCACAUAACCUUAAUGACGUUAGUGCAAGUGGAUCUGCUGAUUGUAAGGAAAGAUUUAGACAACGGCUUUGGUGCUUUCUCUUUGAGAACUUGAAUAGGGCCGUGGAUGAACUUUAUCUUCUUUGUGAAUUAGAAUGUGAUUUAGAACAGGUGAAGGAGGCUAUCCUUGUGCUUCAAGAAUCUGCUUUGGAUUUUAAAGAACUAAAGUCUAGAGUUGAGGAGUUUGAGAAAUUAAAGAAGUCAUCUUCCCAGUUAACCGAUGGCCCUCUGACAAUCAUGAAGUCUGAUCAUCGCAGGACACAUGCAUUAUCGUGGGAGGUUCGACGGAUGACAACUUCGCCUCAACAUGCAGAAAUACUUUCUUCAUCUCUGGAGACUUUUAGGAAAUUUCAGGAAGCAAGAGAUAAAAUGCAUGGAAAUGAGGAGCAAGAUGGGACUGGUUCUAGUCUCCUUCCUAUGACCAAUAGAGUUAUUGAUAACGAUACUGGAACUAGUGAUGCAAAACAUCAUGUUAAAGAAGUUACCUCAAAGCCAAAAAAGAAAAGUGGAAUAUCAGAUCUCACUCAGGUAUGUUUGAAUGUGGAUAAGAGGACUUCUGAUUCAAGUAGAUCCAGCAAAAUGAAAUCAAAGCAAAACAGAUCCCUCCCUACAUUUAGCCCUUCUUCUUCUUCUGAUGCUGUUCCAACGAAAUUAGCGUUUAGAGAGAAUUUAACUGGUCAUGACACUGAGUCCAAGAGGGAACUUCAAUCUUCUGAAAUAGAAAAUAUGCUUUCAGAUAAGGAAAGAAUGUUAACAGAUUGUGUGAGUGCGCGAAGUGCAAAAUAUCUAGAUGCAUUAAAAAAGCAAACAUCUAUUUCAGAAAGGGAUAAGGAAAAAAGAAAUGGAUCAUCUUGGAAAUCCAUGGAUGCGUGGAAAGAGAAAAGGAACUGGGAGGAUAUACUCACAACACCUUUGCGCACUUCUUCUCGUUUUCUACAUUCUUCAGGAAUAAGCAGGAAGACUACAGAGAGGGCCCGGAUUUUACAUGAUAAACUAAUGUCACCUGAUAAGAGGAAAAAAACUUCUUUAGACCUUAAAAGGGAUGCAGAUGCAAAACAUGUUAGAGCCAUGCGGAUUAGGUCUGAACUAGAGAACGGUAGAGUUCUAAAGAUUCAGCGCAAUUCAGAGAAAGUGAAUCGUGUUAGUGAGUGGCAAGCUGUAAGGAGCAUGAAACUACGAGAAGGUAUGUAUGCUAGGCAUCAACGGAGUGAAUCUAGGCAUGAAGCUCAUCUUGCUCAGGUUGUGAGAAGGGCAGGUGACGAGAGCAGCAAAGUUAACGAAGUUCGCUUCAUCACGUCAUUAAAUGAAGAAAACAAAAAGUUUAUUUUGCGGCAGAAGCUUCACGAUUCCGAGGUUAGAAGAGCUGAAAUACUUCAAGUCAUGAAAAGCAAGCAGAAAGAAGACGUGGCAAGAGAAGAAGCUGUUCUUGAAAGGAAGAAGCUCAUUGAAUUUGAGAAGUUGCAGCGACUGACAGAGAUACAACGGAGAAAGGAAGAGGCUCAGUUGAGGAGAGAAGAAGAACGGAAGGCGUCGAGUGCUGUAAGAGAGGCAAGGGCUAUGGAACAUAUGCGUAGGAAAGAGUUUAGAGCCAAAGCACAACAGGAAGAAGCAGAACUUCUUGCCCAGAAAUUAGCUGAAAAACUUAGUGAAAGUGAACAAAGGCGGAAAUUUUACUUGGAGCAAAUAAGGGAGAGAGCUUCAAUGGAUUUCAGAGAUCAAUCACCUCUACUACGACGUACUGCUAAUAAGGAUCAGGGGAGAUCUCCUCCAACUGGCAAUGGAGAAGAUUAUCAAGGAGGCCAUAUUACAGGUCUUGGUGAUUCUACUAUUUCGACUAAUAAUAUCCCAUCACAAAAUUCACUGAAAAGAAGGAUAAAAAAGAUCCGUCAAAGGCUUAUGUCUCUGAAAUAUGAAUAUGCUGAAGCCCCAGUUAGCAUUGAGCAUGCUGGUAUUGGGUAUAGAACAUUAACCGGAAUUGCAAGGGCAAAAAUUGGGAGGUGGCUUCAGGAACUUCAGAAACUUAGGCAAGCUAGAAAAGAAGGUGCUGCUAGCAUUGGACUUAUCAUUGCUGAGAUGAUCAAGUUUUUGGAGGGGAAAGAUCCUGAGCUACAGGCUUGUCGCCAAACUGACCUUAUCGAAUUUAUUGCCUCAGCCCUUCCAGCUUCUCACACUUCAAAACCUGAAACCUGCAAGGUGACUAUAUAUUUUUUAAGACUUCUGAAGGUAGUGCUUUCAAUACCUGCAAACAGAGGCUAUUUUAUAGCACAAAACCUAUUACCUCCGAUCAUCCCUAUGUUAGCAGCUGCUCUAGAGAACUAUAUAAAAAUUGCAGCAUCAGCCGGUGUCUGUGGUAGCAGCAACUUACUUCCAUCAAAAACUUCUGUUGACAAUUUGGAGUCGAUCUCUGAAGCGCUGGAUGGUUUCUUGUGGACAGUUGCGAUAAUCAUUGGUCAUGUAAGCCAUGAUGAUCGACAAAUCCAAUUGCAAGAUGGUUUACAAGAGCUUGUGAUUGCGUAUCAAGUAAUACAUCGGCUGCGAGAGCUUUUUGCUCUUUAUGAUAGACCUCAGGUCGAAGGAUCACCAUUUCCGUCAUCAAUACUCUCGAGUAUAAAUUUGUUGACAAUCUUAACAUCCAGAUCCAAAAGAUCUUCUUCCUUGGAUUGGGAAUCUAUCCCAAACCAGACAGAUGCAAAUGCUGGGUUUUCUUAUUUAAACAUUUCUGACAACAAUAAAUCUGCUGUAAGUAGUGAUAUUAUUACUCUCCCUCUGCUUGAUGUACAAGAGGAUAACCCACUUGAUGAAUUAUCCAUAGCUGAAAGUCCUAUCAAUUUUAUACAGCCUACAAGGACUGAUGAGGCUGACUUUGCUGUAAAAUCUUUUGCUUAUCAGAAGGAUGGGAAAGUUAUUUCUAGUAGUGUUUUGGAAGAGAAGACUGAAAGUAAAGUGAAUAUAAAGCAACCAGUGGCAUUUCUUCUUUCUGCCAUAUCUGAAACUGGAUUGGUGUGCCUUCCUUCGCUAUUAACAGCUGUGCUAUUGCAGGCAAAUAACCAUAGGUUCUCUUCAGAACAGGCUACAAAUGUUCUUCCAUCGAAUUUUGACGAAGUGGCAACAGGAGUGUUGAAGGUCUUGAACAAUUUGGCCCUUAUAGAUAUUACUUUCUUGCAGAGUAUGCUAGGUAGACCAGACCUGAAAAUGGAAUUGUUCCAUCUAAUGAGUUUUCUUCUUUCUUAUUGCUCAAGCAAUUGGAGAGUAGCUGUUGAUCGGAUUGGUUUGCUUCUUCUUGAAUCCUUAUCGCUUCUUGGCUAUUUUGCCCUGUUCCACCCCAACAAUCAAGCUGUACUUCGAUGGGGAAAGAGCCCUACAAUCCUUCACAAGGUGUGCGAUCUUCCUUUUGUUUUCUUCAGUGAUGCAGAACUAAUGCCUGUUUUGACUGGCACAUUGGUUGCUGCCUGUUAUGGUUGUGAACAGAACAAGGGCAUUGUUCAGCAAGAACUCAGUACUGAUAUGAUUCUCUCCUUGCUUAAUUCUUGUAAAACCAAUGAACCUGGUUUUGUCAAUGAUAAUACCGUAAUGGACAGUCCAAUUGAACCCCAAAACCACCCCUUUCGGUCUGGUCGUUACAAUCCAAAGAAUUCUCGACUAUUUUCUGCGAAAAGUGUUUCAACUGGAAAUGGGAGCCGAACUAAUAGAGGAAAAAUAUUACGGCCCUUAGAAGAAAAGUUUAUUAAACCAAAUCGGCCAGCUUUGGAAACAUCCUCCAUCAAAAUGCUACACUCUAGAUUUCCUGCUAGUUUUAUUGACAGAGCCGAGCAGUUCUUUUCAGCUGAGAUAAGUUGUUAGCUUUGACAACCACAAAUCAACUGUAAUAAUCUCCAGGCUUAUUUCGCUCUUAAUAGUCUUAGAUAUUAUUGUUGCAUUUUAAUGCUGGUUUGAGAAAAGUGUGUACUUUGGCCACUCCAAGGGAAUGAAAAGUGGGAAUAGAAUAGUGAUAACUAGUGAAGAAUCCAGAAAAAUGUACUAUGGGCAUUAAAGAAAAAUAUGUGUAUUUAUGUAAUACAUAUAGUGGUUAUAAGUUGACGUCAUGGUUGGAAAGUUUAUCCACCUGAAUUGACAAAGAAAUAAGUGAUAAGAACUAUGAAUUGUUUGGUUACAUAUAUUUAAUUGAAUGUUGUGGUUUUCA